UUUUUGGUUCAUAGACUCGAAGAUAGACCGCUCUGCCAACAAGAUUCAGGGAGCAAAGAUGGUGCGGACAGAAAAUCGGAGAAUGGGAUCAAUUUUGUUAAAAUUCUAAAAGUGGUAUUGCCUCUAAUGCCAGUGUGGACUCUACUUCUGAUGUUUGCAGUGAUUUUUCAACAGCCUGCAACAUUCUUUACUAAGCAAGGUGUGACAAUGAAGAGAAACAUAGGAAACAAUUUCCGAAUUCCACCAGCUGCGCUUCAGAGUUCAAUCACCAUAUCUAUAAUUCUGCUUAUGCCACUGUACGACACGUUCUUCAUUCCGUUCGUUCGUGUUUUCACACGAAACGAAAAGGGUAUCACUGUGAUGCAGAGAAUGGGAAUAGGGAUGUUUCUUUCAGUAAUAGCAAUGAUAAUUGCAGCUGUUACUGAAAGAAAAAGACUUGAUAUCAGCAGAAAUUUGGUAACUUCUUCAGAAACUGUGCCAAUGAGUAUAUUUUGGUUGCUCCCUCAAUACAUUCUGUUGGGAAUUUCGGAUAUAUUUACAGUUGUUGGUAUGCAAGAGUUCUUUUAUUCUGAAGUUCCGACAAAUAUGAGAACUUUAGGCAUUGCUCUAUAUACUAGUGUUUUUGGGUGUGGUAGUUUUUUCAGCUCAUUCCUUAUAUCCGUGAUCGAAAAUUUGACAAGUACAAGAGGAGCAAAGCAGAAUUGGUUCUCUGAUGACAUGAGAAAAGCCCGUUUCGACAACUAUUAUUGGUUUCUGGCUUUGUCAAGUGCAGCAAGUUUUUUAUUGUUCAUGGUUUUCUGUCGAUUUUACAGAAGCAGGACUAUAACUGAUUAGAUUAUUGGUAGUGACCGUAAGUUGGCAGAUAGCUUGUUAUUGUCGACUGAUGUAUUUUGUGAUGUGAGUGACAUAAUGACAUUCAUUUCUAGGAGAAAUCGAAGGUUCUGCACUUAUUGUAAAUCAUCAAAAAUUGUAUAUAAAUUAAGAUAAAUUUUGGAGUUCUUAUU